AUGGAUCUCGUCUUACCGCUUUUUGUUCUCCUCGCCAUGUCGGUUACCUGGACAGGUGCGAGGAGAUCGAACAUCCCGCUGAUCGGAGACGCGAUCGAACGAAAGCAGAGCAGAACGCCUGGUUGUUGGUUAGGCGGAACGUUUUACCACCUGGAACAAAGAUGGAGUCCGAAACUGCUGCCCCACGGAACGAUGCACUGCGUCAAGUGUCAGUGUAUUCCGAUUGAGAAGAAAGGCGUGCUGCUUCACCGAGGCCAGAUCAUCUGUAAGAACAUCAAACUGGACUGUCCGAAACCCGACUGCAGCAACGCCAUCCUGUUGCCGGGGAAGUGCUGCAAGACCUGCCCUGAUCAAAUGAACAGUUUUGAAGACAAUUUUUCCUUUGCUUCGGACAAAAAGAAGAAAUCUACCCUUAGCGGAGACCAGUAUGAACAGAUUGGUAAAGCCGAAUUCACUGCUCUACUCGUUGGAAGAAAUGUCCGUCGUCAAGCUGUCACCACCCGGUCCGUGGCCGUGGUCCGGAUAACCGUCGAGAACCGCGAGUUGACUUACUCUGUGCGCUAUACUCGACUGGAUCAUCCCAAGUUCCUGCAGAUUACGGAUGCUAACGGAAACAUAUUAGUUGAGAGUCCCAUUGUGAAGAAACGAUCUGGAGACAAAAAGCUAUGUGGUGUUUGGAAAAAGAUCCCGUCAGUGUACCUCCAGUACUUCAGAGAAAAACGGCUCUUUGCGGUGAUUACCACGUCCCGCUACCCAAAGGGAUUGGUCGCUGGAAGAGUAGUACCCAACGCGAAUGUCCAUAAAGAGACUUUUGGAUCUGUUUUGCAUACCACGAAAGCAGAGGGGAUCGGCGGAGUUGCGUCCCUUGAGUACAACCCAAAGACUCGUGUUGUGAACUACGCUAUCACAUUUGACGGAGUUUUUAAUCAGAAACAUUUCAAUGGUGAAUAUUACGUUACGAUUGAGCGCAACACGAAGAUUGUGCACCAGUCUAUGGGCAAAAUCACUCGACGGGUCAAUCAGAUCUCUGGAUUCUGGAAGCUCAGCAGAAAAAGGGAAGCCAAGUAUCUCGCGCGCGGUCGUCUGCUCCUGCGUCUGACAUCACGAAAUGGCGCCACAAUCAGCGGCGACCUGAAACCCCGGCUAACUUGUGGAGUAUUCCAAGCUCUCCUGUCAGGCUCAGAAGCCUUAGAAGCUUCUAGAACAUCAGCCGCUGGAUCGGUCGUUUUGGAGCUCAGAGAAAAGGGAGUCGUUGAUUAUCAAAUAAGGGUCAGCGGGGUCAAGGACGAGGUCACGAGCAUCAGGAUAGAGGGAAGUGCAAGCAAGAACAACCGGCGACGAGUUAUUGGAAAUGUACACAAGACGUUCGUCAAGGAUUUCGGCUCUUAUUCAGGAUGGAGUAACGGAACUUUUAAAAAGAUGAAGGCGGAGGAUAUCGUUAUGCUGCUGUCCAAUCAGCUGUACAUCAACGUUGCUACGACCAAUCACAGGAUCAGCGAGCUGAGGGGACGUGUCAUGGAACUGCCAUACCAAGAGAGUAAAGACGAAGCGUUCCCUGUUACCCUGACACCUUUCACGCCAAAGAGCCGUGGUGCCGCUGCGCAUGCGUGGUUGUCAAUGGAAAUUGGCUGUCGUCUGCGUUAUGAGAUCUUUGUGUCUGGUUUCCAGAACAAUGUCAGUCCGUUCAGCAUUCUCCUUGGUAGCCAUAGCAACCGUCUUGAAGGAUCUGCAAUUCUUGGGUCGGAGGAAGGAUUAGGACAAAGCACAGUCUUUGAAACAAAAAAGGCUUCAGGAAGUGUGGGUGAUGUUCCGGAUGACUUGUUGCGAGAUCUGGACGAGGGGAAGGCGUACCUACAGAUCAACAUGGGCAGCACCGGGGACGCCGUCCUCGUGGCUAAUGUCAGCUUGCCCAACACGUGUUGGGAGUACUCCAAUGACGUGGACACGGACAUCCUGGUUGACGAACAGGGCGUGGUCGACCCGUCACUCAAGAUGCGCUGUUACUAUGAGGGGCGGUACUACGAUGAUCUGGACCACUGGCUCCCCGUGCAGAAUUCAACGUGCAACACGUGCAGCUGUGUGAAAGGUUCCGUGAACUGCCAUCACCUGCCCUGUCCUGAACUGGCCUGUCUCAAUCCAGUCACCAAAGAUGGCGUCUGUUGCCCAACUUGCCCGGAUGAAGGUCAACAAUACUGUAAGUUGGAAGGCGAUCUGCGCAGACACCCAGUCGGCCGGAAGUGGCACCCGUUCCUACCUCAGAUUGGAUUCUCGAAAUGCGUCAUGUGUCAAUGCAAGCCUGGUGCUAUCCCAGAAUGCAGCCGUCUUCCGUGUCCGAAGCUUACAUGUCCGUCAAUUCAGCGAGUUCGACGUCAGUCAGACGACUGCUGUCAGAUUUGUGAUGCGUCUAUUGUGGCGGAACCGGAAGUGAAGCUGCUGAAGGAUAUCAACAUGAUUGGCGCAUGCACGUUCAUGCAGCGCGUCUUCCCGCACGGCUCCAAAUGGCAUCCAAGAGUCGCCCCCUUCGGUCAGAUGAAAUGCGUCAACUGUCGCUGUAGCCAUGGAGAGUACACCUGCAGACGUCAGAAGUGUCCCAGACUGACGUGUAAACGAAAGAUCAGGAAAGCCAACAGCUGCUGCAGUCUGUGUGCAUCCAAUCAGCCAGAGGAAGAUUUGUCAAAGAAAGACGACAAAGCUAUUUGUGAAUUCGGAGGACGUCGGUAUAACGAAGGAGAAAAAUGGCGGCCACCAGCGUCUCCAAACGGUAACGGAAGGUGCGCCAUUUGCAAGUGUAAAGAAGGAAACGUCAGAUGCAGACUUAGGUGUCCAAAACGGAAGUGCAAAGAUCCUUUCAGCACAGACCCGUGUUGUCGACAGUGUGCAGAACGAAAAAGACAGAAAUCAAGGAGAAGAAACAAGAAGAACAAGCGAGGGAAUUCUAAAGCGGACUGAAUUUAGCCAAUAGAAAACGAUGACAGUUAUUAACAAAGUGCUAUGUGUGUCACGUGAGAUAUGUGGACCAAUGGAAAGUUUUGAUACAAAUGGCGAAGGACAUUUUUGUUUUUAAAUGCCUUGCAUGGAAUUUCCCAAUCUCAAGCUGUGAUGAUUCUAUUUACAGAUCCCACGUGUUUGUUUUCUUGUUCUUAAAAGAAAGUGACUUUGAAAGAAAGAAAAGAAAAACAAAACCCCUCGCAAUGUGUGAUAAACUUGACUGUGUACAUGUUUAUACAGAAUGUUAAACUCUACAAACAGAACCCACAAUAUUGACAAUGUUUCUGUAAGUGUUGUUUUGUGUGGUAAAUCUUAUUACCAGUCUAGCGUAUGCUUGACUUCCAUCAGUGCUUCCUUUUCUUCUCUGUUUUUAUAUUUUGUGUCUUUGUGUAGUUGUCGUUUGAUGUAUCUAUCGUUGUUAAGUUAUUACAUACCUGUAUAUAUGUACAAUAGAUCUGUGCAAUGUUCCACAAAUGAUCGAUUGUCCGGGGCGGGGCGGGAGGGGUUGGGGGAAUGGAAUUCUUUCUCCAACCAGCCAAACAAUUUAGAAAUUAUUUUCCAGCUAAUCAUUAGGUUUUUGCCCCCUUUAUAUUAAAUAUUCAAACUGCGACGCUCAUUUUCACUUAUGACAUACGGUCUAGUGUCGCAUUUGUUACUUACAAUUUUGAAUCUGUUGCUAUUUUAAUAAUAUCUCUCCUCAAACUUUCCCCAACGGUGGCAAAUAUCGAUAUAGUAAUGGGUGAGAUAUCAAAGUUACAGUCCCCAUAGUUCCUAAAUCCAUAUUCAGUAAGGUUAUGGUUGGUUGGGGUUGUUUUUGUGUGUUGUUUUUUGCGUGGGUUGGUUUGGGGGUGGUGGGGGUGGUGGUUGUAGCCACCCGAUAUACCCGACAUUGAUCCAUUCGUAUACUAGUAUUGUUUUCUGCAGGUAGAACAGAUUGUUUCUGUAGAGAAACUGAAUUUUAGUCAGUAAAUAUUGAAUUAAGUAAAAUAAACUGUAGAAUUGUAAUAAUGUCCUUCUAUUUACUCAGUUCAAUUACAAAGUAAGAACUGAUUAUGAUUAUAAUAAUGAGGUGUUGUGUAAAAUACUAAAUGUUAAUACUUAGAGAUUUGGCUUUGUGCCAAGUGUCCGGGUUUUUAUUCUUUCCAAAUAAUAAUUAAUUAUCAUUUAUAUUGUAAUAUGCUUUAAGUAAAAUAUGUAUAUGUGAAUAUCUCUGGUUAUUUAAAACCUUUUAUCUUUUUUCAUCGUGUAUAUACAUUCAUAUCAAAACAAAGGUGCUCAUUUUAUAAAUAAAUAUUUAA